CAACCGUAAACCUUAUGAAUAUACAGGCAGCUUACAGCAUGUAACAGCGAGCUACCUAUCCAAAUGUGUGUAACUCAUGAGAAAGAUCGUGCGUGGUGCUGCUAGCCCUGGUGAAAAAUCCAGCUAUGACCAGCUUGAAAUGCCGGCUACCAGCUGUUUCAAAACGGCAUGGUCAAAUCAUGUUGAAUAGAGAGCUGGUCUACGAGCUGUUUCUAAACCUAGCUUGAGCUAUUUUUUCAGCUGGGAUGUCGUCUAGUAUUUCCCUUUAAAAAGUACCAUUCAGCCUGUAACUUGUCAUCAUACGCGAGUUUAGAUGGCUGGCUAGCUAAUUCUAUGCUUAUCAACCACGAGUUAAUUUAUGUUUUCAAGGUGUCUGCUGAGUCAACCGAAGGUGUGCCCGUGAAACGCGCUGAGAUUAGUCUGCUGUUUGUGGCUAAAAGGUUCGGCACCAUGAUCGCUGGCUUCAGCCCCGUCAUCCAGGGCCUCCUCGGGACCCUGUUCACCUGGGGUCUGACCGCCGUCGGGGCUGCGCUGGUGUUCGUCUUCUCCAGCGGCCAGAAACGCAUUCUUGAUGGAAGCCUGGGCUUUGCAGCUGGGGUGAUGCUGGCUGCCUCCUACUGGUCCCUCCUGGCCCCUGCCAUCGACAUGGCCGAGGAUUCUGGGAAGUACGGUGCCUUCUCCUUCCUGCCGGUCGCGGUGGGAUUCUCGCUGGGUGCCGCCUUCGUGUACCUUGCCGACCUCGCCCUGCCGGCACUGGGUGUGGGCGCUGACCCCCACAAGGCCCUGGCCCUGCCUGUGGACUACAAGUCCCAGAAGGAGAAGGAGGAGGACACGCCCCCGCUGCACGCAGAGGUCCAGGAGCUGUCCAUCAGGAUAGAUAAGGUUGAGAACGGGGAGCUGUACCAGAGGAAGAGAGGAGCCCCCUCCGGCCCGGUGCAGGAGCAGGGCGUGGCUCGCCCCCCGGACGGGGCGGGGCCGACCGGGAGCAGCUGGAGACGCAUCGUCCUGCUCAUCCUCGCCAUCACCAUCCACAACAUCCCCGAGGGCCUGGCGGUGGGUGUGGGGUUCGGGGCCAUUGGAAAGACUCCGUCCGCCACUUUCGAGAGAGCCAGGAACCUGGCCAUCGGCAUCGGCAUCCAGAACUUCCCAGAAGGCCUUGCAGUGAGUCUGCCUCUCAGGGGGAGCGGAGUGUCCGCAUGGAGAUCCUUCUGGUACGGCCAGCUCAGUGGCAUGGUGGAGCCGGUUGCCGGGUUACUGGGUGCGGUUGCCGUGGUGAUGGCGGAGCCCUUGCUCCCCUACGCGCUGGCCUUCGCUGCGGGAGCCAUGGUGUACGUGGUGGUGGAUGACAUCAUCCCUGAGGCCCAACUCAGUGGGAACGGGACGCUGGCCUCCUGGAGCUGCAUACUGGGAUUCGUUGUGAUGAUGUCGCUGGACGUGGGCCUGGGCUGACCUCAUCACGUCUUCUUCUGCUUGCUCUCCCAAAAGGCCAUGUUUCUGCUUUGUAAAUGGGGACAAUUGGCAUUAUCUAAUGCCAUUUCUUAAAAAUACAAACCAAAAAAAAAAAAAGGAAAAAAAGUAAUUAUUUUUAUUUUUUUAAUGAUUGUGAUCUGAUACAGUACUGUAAUGAUACUUGAAAUGUAAUUCUGGUGUGAAUGAUAUGAAAGAUGUUUUUGGUUUUUGAGAUGGUGCGUUGCCAUUUCCUCUGUUGGCCAGUUUGAGUUCCUGUGCCACACUGACUGCAGCAGCUUACACAGGAAGUGCGCUGCGGAAAAACUUCCUGUAGAACGCAGUCGCUGGUGCCAUCCUGCCAAAGUGUGUGUGUGUGUGUGUGUGUGUGUGUGUGUGUGUGUGUGUGUGUGUGUCUGUGUGAGUGUGAGUGUGUGAGUGUGUGAGUGUGUGAGUGUGUGAGUGUGUGAGUGUGUGAGUGAGCGUGUGAGCGUGAUAAAUACUGUGUGUGCCUGUGAGAGAGAGAGAGAGAAAGAGAAAGAGACUGUGUGUGUGUGUGUGUGUGUGUGUGU